AUGGGAAGCACCAUUAGUAUUGGUGAUAUCAGCGUAAAGAAAUGUUAUAAAAAAAAUAAAAACCGUACAAAUUUAUCAUUUUUGUCAUCUUCUUCAUCUUCUGAUGAUAAAUCUUUGUGUUCAUCUAAAAGCUCGGAUGGAAUCAAUGUUUAUAUAGAUGGCAGAAGAUAUCUUGAAAGUUCAAAAUAUUCUUUACCGAACGAUGAUGAAGAAAUUGAUAGAAUGCACAUGCAACAUUAUAUAUCAAGAUUUAUUUGGCAAAAAAAUUUUUGUUCUCCUUUAGAUGAUUUGCUAAGAUACGGUGGUGCAAAAGUUUUAGAUGUUGGGUGCGGUGCCGGGACAUUUUUGCUUGAGAUGGGACAUGAUUAUCCCGAAUCAGAAUUCCUAGGAAUCGAUAUUUCGCCAAUGUAUCCAUCAGAAAUUAAACCUUCUAAUGUGAAAUUUGAACAAAUCAAUGUUCUAGAGGGUUUACCAUACGAUGACAACUCAUUUGAUUUUGUUGUUAUAAGAAAUAUGAUAACUGCUUUUUCUAUAGACGAUUGGGAUUUUUGUAUACAAGAAUUAAUCAGAGUCACUAAACCAGGUGGCUAUAUUGAGAGUUCAGAAUUUGAAAUACCUGCUUCAAAUAGAGGUCCAGUAGUGAAAAGAUUAUCAGAAGCAUCAAAAAGUAUAGAUAUAACUUAUUCAAAUAAACUCGAAGGUUUAUUUUCAUCUUGUAAUGAUUUAAUAAAUAUUAAUCACAAUAUUAAAUUACUUCCAAUGGGUACAUGGAAUGGUGAUGGGGUGGGUAAAAUCAUGGCGGAAGAUUUGGUUUUAUUGGCAAAAGCUUUUGUAAAAACAGCUUUAAUAAAUGAAAAAUUUGCUCCAGAAAUUUUACCUAUUGAGCCAGCUUUAGAUAAUUUAUAUGUUGAAUUAAAUAAUCAAAUGGAAUCAGCUCUUAAUAAUUUUAGAAAUGCAAAAAGUGAAAGUUCUUAUAUAGGUUUCAUGUUGCUCGCAGAUGUUGAACGUAUGAAAUAUAUAAUACAAAAAUAUACAAUGAUACGAAUAAGCAAAAUUGAAAAACAAUUAGAAUUAAUAUUAAAUACACCAAUGUAUUUACAAAGAUUGUCUGAUGCAGAAUCAGUAUUUGCUAACAAUUACAAAAAACUUAUUAAACAGUUUGAAAAGGAUGCAUUUUUAGAUGAUAUAAAUGAUAUAGAUGAUGAUGAAAUUGAAAGGGUGGAAGAAGAAGAUAGUAUUGAAGAAUCUGAAAAUAUAGAUUUAUUAUCAAGUCAAUUGGAUCUUCAGAAAACAAUAUUUUGUCGUGCUAUAAGAAUGGUUGAUGAAAGCCAACUUCCUAAAAGAUAUUCUGAAAUCAAACAGUUAUUAUUAGAAG